AUCUUGCUAAAGCCCACCCCCUCUGCUCGCCUCUAUUCCACCUUAACCUCUCUCGACACUUGACUGUCUUCCCCCUUCACCGACAAUCACACCCAGACUACCUACGCCCUCUCUCUCUCUCCCUCUCUCUCCAGUCUCACUCUCCGCCGCAAGAGGGACACCGUGAAGAACCCUCUGUGUCAUCUUCGCAGUCGGAGUCCCAUUCCUAUUCCCCUUUCCUACCCCUCGGCCAAAGUUGCUCUCCUUGCGCGCGUGCCUGCAUCGGUCUGGUCCGGACACGACACCUCAGGAUACGGUACAGAGCAGCCCACCAUACGCUACGCCCCCCCAACCCAAUCCAAUAUCCCUAUCCCUCCCUCCCUCCACGUCGCCUGUCCACAUCCACUUUCUUCUAUCCCGCUAUCUUCUCCUCCCAUUUGCGAAUUGCGGCAGCCUGGUUCUCAACUUCAAUCUUGACCGAUCAUCAUCGCAACACGUCGCCUCCUGGUCAGCGCCUAGGCAAACCUUUAUUACUUCUUCCUCUACGCACAACUAAACCCGACACUUAGACCUUCAACACAGUCCGAAUCGCAAUCAUGGGUCUCGCGUUUUCCAAGAUCUUCGACAAGCUUUGGGGGAAGAAGGAGAUGAGAAUUUUGAUGGUUGGUCUUGACGCCGCCGGAAAGACCACUAUCCUUUACAAGCUCAAGCUCGGUGAAAUCGUCACGACCAUUCCCACCAUUGGCUUCAACGUCGAGACCGUGGAGUACAAGAACAUUCAGUUCACCGUGUGGGAUGUCGGUGGUCAGGACAAGAUUCGUCCUCUCUGGAGACAUUACUUCCAGAACACCCAGGGUAUCAUCUUCGUCGUCGACAGCAACGAUCGCGACCGUAUCGUCGAGGCCCGUGAGGAGCUCCAGCGCAUGCUCAACGAGGAUGAGCUGCGGGACGCCAUCCUCUUGGUCUUCGCCAACAAGCAGGAUUUGCCCAACGCCAUGAACGCCGCCGAGAUCACAGACAAGCUUGGCCUCCACUCCCUGAGACAACGCGCCUGGUACAUCCAGUCCACCUGCGCCACCUCCGGUGAUGGUCUCUACGAGGGUCUCGAGUGGCUUGCCACCACCCUGCGCAAGGCGGGUCACCAGUAAAUGCCGCGAAGAGAAGCCGAACGGACUCCUUCUCUUCUGCUACUCUCUUACGUCAUCCCUUCUGGUACGGUUGUAAUUCGCAAAGCUACCGGUCAUGAGGCAAUCGAAUAGUUCAUAACUCAUUUUUUCGCAUCUCCUCCGUCUACCCAUCUCCUCCUCCCCAUGGUGGUCCUGACAUCACGUGAGCCACACUCCACUGGCAUUCUCUCGACGCAGCAAGCACACAUUCUGGUCUCAAAAGGACAAGUUUCGUUUUGGAAGAAAGGGGGCGUCUUGGGUUGGGAAAUCUGUACAGUCCUCACGCAGCAACUCUCUAUACGUUUCUUCGUCCAAAUGCGACGGGGAAGCCUACUCAUGAACCCUGGCUUUCUUGCCUUUUCUGCAAACUCCAUGAAUCGGUGUUUUCUGCUCUUUUGGGUGGCUUAGGUCACCUGCCAUUAUCGGUAGGGACGGGAUGAGAAACGGGCUCAACGAUAUUACUCACGACUGGUUGGUGCCCCCAUGAGGGAUGCUUCGCCUGCUUUUCCUCCAGUCUGUCGUCUUUUGUUGUUAGGUAUGGGUGAGUGUCCAGGUAGUAGAUUCUAGCUUUGAGUUGGGACAGAAUCGUUAUAGACUUGUCUUGAUUCAACUACCUCUUGGUGUUGUGUGACG